UUUGAACUUCAACUGUGUGUAAUUUCAAUGAAAUUAUGCUUCCAAAUCUAUCUAUAGCUUUAUAAUUCCCAUCAACUUGUGUUUUUUUCAGUAUUAUAUAGCGAUAUGAUUCUUGCGCAGUUUCCAAUUUUCAAUCUUGUUAAUGUAAAUUUUAUGCCUUUUUUGUUUACUGGGGUAUGAAAAAUACUAAUGAUGUCAAUUUUCUUGAAUUCUCUUGAGAUCUUUAGCAGUUAUAAUGAUGGGUAUCUUGGGUACUUUGAAGAACUUGGUUAAUAAUUGGGUAUUUGAAAAUGUGGUGGAAAUGUAAUCAACCCUCCUAUUUUUCUUGUGAUUUGCAUAAUUGAUAAUGAUGUUUUAUUGCAUCUUCAUUUUUACUGUGGAUUUUUGCAUCAUUUAUGAGGAUUGGAUUGCAAUUUGCAAAUGGGAGAUAUUUUCAUCAUUCAAUGUCAUUGAUUGGCAUAAAACUAUUGCUUGAGUUUAUGUAGUUUGGAAAUAAUAUCAUGGAAAAUUUUAUUUAGAGAUGUAGUCUGGGUUAUUGGAUCCUAAGUUUAAAUCCUCAUUCCUUAAUUGUAGCAGUUGUACCUUCUAUGAGGAGAAUGAGUAAAUAAAUAAUAAAGUUGUCAUUUGCAGCUAUAUGGACGGUAGCAAAAGUCCCGGAUUCGGGGGUUCCUAAUGUAGAACUUAGGGUGCAUUCUCUCCGCCUAAACUUCUAUGAGCUGAACUUAUUAGACCUGGUUGAUUAGCCGAAGAGAAUGCAACUUUAGUUGUGCUGAGGUUUUUGUCAUAAUCAAACUGGUUAUGCUCAUGCUUAUGUAUCUUCAUUUCCUCAACUAUUAUCUAUUGCAUUGAGGUUCCACUCUCAAGUCUCAAUACACUUUGUUAUGUAUAGUGAUCUUGAAUCUUAUUCUCUGAUGUCCCUCAUAGUUCAUUCUUUCUCCCUUUCCUCCUUGUGCGAGGAGGAGCGUGGAAGCUCAUUGCUAAUAACAAUCAAAAUUCCAAAACAAGACUUCGUUGAGAUCUCAUAUAUAUAGGCUAGUUGGUGCAAAAGCAAAACUACAAGUUAUCAAACUUGAUUAUAGCAGAAACUCUGAAAGAAUUCAUUAUCAAAUCCGGAAGAGGUCAACUGCAAGGUGUCCUUUGCCUCUUGCAUGUUAGCCCCUCACAGGUCUCACCUUUGGUAUACUGAAUCUCGUUCUUGUAAUUUGAUAGUUAUGUAGGUGAUUGUUUCCUUUUUCUGAACUUCUAUAAUUCAACUCUUUUCUUCAAACAUUUUGAUCAUAAAAGUUUCACUGUCUUGCUGUAACCCUGUUUUACAUUCUCAAGUGACCAGCAUCCUACUGAGACUUCAGACUGACAGGGAAAGCGGUUUUGAUACAAGGUCAGCGCCAUUGAGAUGGAUGCAAAAUAUGUUGAUGAUUCCACUGUUUCAGUUAUUGAGAAUGAUUCUGGUGGUGACAUUGAGGCAAUAUCAAUACAGAACGGGACAGCGGAGGAUAUAUAUUCUGAGAAAGAGGUGAUACGAGAGAUUGGGAGUGCUCUUAUUAGACUCGAAUUGGAUAUAGCUGGUUGUUCAGAGAAGCUGGUUAAUAUGAACCUACUUAUGAUGCAUGUAGCUGCAAGGGAGAGUAACUUUGAAGCAUUUACUUUGGAAAAAGAAGACACAUUGGUUGGGAAGGCAUUGGAAUUUGAUAUCUUGUCUGGUAUUUUUGAUUUAGAAGUCAGGGAGAUGGAUAGGUUCAUUGGUACACUUGAGACAGACCUUAAUAAUACUUGUGAAGUAAUUUCUUCCUACGAACACCUAGGAGAAGAUUUCUUGGCGUUGCAAGAGAAGCUGCAAGAUGCUGAAGAAUCAAUAAAACAAUCACAAGAACAAGUCUCAGAAUUAGUAAUUCAAUCUACCAAGUUCCAGAAGAUCUUAUCAAGUAUCAACCAAGGGGAAACCUCUGAUGAGGACAAGGAAGCAAUCAUCUCAAGGGAGGGUGACUAUAUUAACACAACGGCAAAGCUAGAAAUGCUAACAUCACAACAGCAUCGACAUGUACUGAGGAUGCUGGAAAAAUCGUUGGCAAGAGAACUUGAAUUGGAGAACGAGUUAAAAGAAUGUAUGCAAUCCCGGGAUGAGAUGAAAUAUAAGCUUCAUUCUUCUCAACUGGAAGUGUUAUCUGCCGAAGAGGAAACUGCUGCUGUCUACGCCCAAUUCUUGGAGGCUGACAACGCUUCAGCUGUGCUUUUGGGAAUUUCAAAAGAUUUGAUGAGUAGGCUCCAAUUAUGCCAAUUUAAAAUAAACAGUGGACUGUAUCGAGAAACUGAAAUGAACACUAGGCUCCAAGAAUGCGCGAAAGCUGUUCAAAAGUUGGAGAAAGAAAAGGCGGCUAUGCAGGAACUUGUAGCAAAAAACAACUUGGAGGCCUUGGCUUUGAAGGAGAAGGUGAGAUCCCUAGAGGAGCAAUUAAGAGAGUCAGAAUCUGCUCUGCUAAAUGGAAAUGCUUCUUUGGAUGAGAUCAAGGAGUUUGAAGAAAGAAUUUUCAUAGUUGAAAGCAGGGCUCAGAAGGCAGAGGCAGAGUCCCAGUUGCUUGCAGAAGCUAAUAAAGAACUAAAUGGGAAACUGGAUCUUCUAAAAAAUAGUGGUGUUUCUGUUCAGAAGGUUGAAACGCUUGAAAAGCAACUAAGGGAGACAGAUAUUCAGCUACAAGAGGCAACAGCAUCUGUGGAAGCAAGUCAGGAGAGGCAGAGCUUGUUGUAUUCUUCUAUCAGUGACAUGGAGAUUGUGAUUGAGAAAUUGAAGUCAAAACUUUCAGAAGCCAAUGCUCAGAUUGACAGUGCAGAAGAUAGAUGCAUUAUAUUAUCAGAGAGCCACGAAGAGCUAAAUGAAGAGCUUAAUUUUUUUAGGAGCAAAGUGGAAUCUUUGGAGGCAUCUUUGCAACAAGCAGAAGAAACAAAAUUGGCAACUGCAAAGGAUAUAAAUUUACGCUCAAAAGUGAUUACAGAUAUGGUCAUGCAACUGGCAGCUGAACGUGAAUGCCUUGACAGACAGUUAUCUUUGUUUAUGAAGGAAAAUAGAGCUCUUGUGGAUGAAUUACACAUGGCAAACAAGGUUUCAUCCAAUUCUACAAACCAUGAAGGUGGGGAAACCGAGAAAGGAGUUCUAUCUUCUGUGCAUCAUUCACCUUCAGUUGAUGACGGGAAAGGAAAUAAAGAAGAUUUUGAUGCUACAGAGGUAGCGAAGUUUCCGGAGGAUGUUUUGGACUGUGAACGCAAGUUGGAGCCACAGGAUUUGGAAUCUAAGCUUAAAACAGUUCGGACAAUUGAUGCAAGGCGACUUAGUAUCAAGUGUAUAUUCUCAGUAUGUCUGGUAGUGUUAAUUGCAGUUCUGGCGUUGUGUUUUAUUCAGCCAGAAAACUGCCUGUUCUAGUGACGAACUUAGGCACAGUAUUGCAGUCCAGUCACUGUAACUUUUAGUGAAUUUUGCAGAAGGUGGUGCAGCUGUAGAAUAUUACACAGGUUAGUUGAGAUUCUCAAACUCUUGUCAUAGUAGAUUGAUCUGCACCAUGUAUACAUAGAUCCUAUAGGUGGAAUAUUUUUGGCCAAAAUACCAUGACCCAUUUUUAUCUUUGGGAAAUGUUGACGUUUUGAUAGUACCAUUUUCACUCUGAAAAUCUGUUUGGAGCUUGAUGCA